GAUUUUUGUGUAUACUAUAUUCCUGAAUACUGCAGCUUGCCCGGCGGCCGUUUGAGGCAAUUGACGGUAAAAUUUAUUUGGUGUCUGUGCGCUGUGUUUUAUACUUAUUUUUCUAUGUUUUGUACUUUUGUAGCCGGUUUCGUCUUUUGUUACGUUUAUAAUAAUAAAUUGUAAUUAUUAAAAAUCAGUCGUUUUAGUGCUCCGCUUUUGAAGUGUUUACAUUUUUUUUCGCACGCGUUUUAUGCGAUUAAUUGAAUAGUGGUGGUGAUCGAACACCGGCCAUUGAAAUGUCGCAGAGGGCAUCAAGAAAAGGCGGCGCGGCCAGGAAUACUCCGCAACCGGAGGAAUCCACAGCCAGUACGACCAACAGCGAGAAGAGCAGGAGGACGGCAACAUUGAGCCCCACCAGGUUCAGUCGUAUUCAGGAAAAACACGAGCUACAGAAUUUGAAUAACCGUUUGGCCGCUUACAUUGACCGCGUCAAGUACUUGGAAACCGAAAACUCCAAAUUGACCCAACAGCUCCAUUCUUCGGAAGAGGUGACAACCCGGGAGGUGUCCAACGUCAAGGUAUUAUUUGAGUCUGAGCUUGAGGAUCUAAGAAAUGCGUUGGACCGUGAAGCUAAACUAAAGAGCCGCCUUGAGUUAGAGUCUAGGCGUAAAACGUUAGAAGUCGAAGAGCUCAAAACAAAGCUCGAUAAUGCUACAAAAGAAUUGAAAGAAACUUCACCAUAUGUAGCUCGAUUUAAUGAAAUAAAUUCUAAAUAUGGUCAAACUUUGAUCGAAAAUAAGAAUUUAAAAGACGCUAAUAAGAAAUUGACCAAAGAAUUAACAUUAGAGAAGAAAACUGUUAAGGAUAAUCAAAAAAUAUUAGAAGAAGAAAUUUUACAAAGAGUUACAAUUGAAAACAAAUUACAAAGCAUGAUGGAAAAUUUCAAAUUUAAAGAAGAGGUUCAUAAACAACAGCUCAAUGAUACAAGAACUAGCCGCCGUACCGAAGUUAUUACUGAAGUUGAUGGACGUUUAGUUAAAGAAUACGAAGAUAAAUUACAAUCUGAAUUACAAAUGUUACGACAACAAGCUGAAGAAGAUGUCAAACGUAACAAAAAAGAAAUUUCUGAUUUGUUUGAUAGCAAGUUUCAAAAUUUGGAAAAUGAAUUGCAACGCAAAAAAAAAGCUCUGGAAGCAGCUCAAGAAGAUAUCAAUAUGGCCAAUUCGCGUGUUGCUGAAUUAACGCAACAAAUAAAUGAUUUAUUAUCCUCAAAUAAUGAUUAUUUGAGGAAAAUUACUGAUGUUGAGAGAUCUAGAGAACUUCAAAGAACUAAAUAUAUAUCUGAAAUUCAAGGACUUGAUCAACAAUUAACAGCUAUGCAAGAUGAUAUGUCCCAGAAAGUACAAGAAUAUCAAGACUUAAUGGAUAUAAAAGUGGCACUAGAUAUGGAAAUUAGUGCUUAUCGAAAAUUAUUAGAGAGUGAAGAAAGGAGAUUGAGUAUUACUCCAAAUACUUCUGUAGUUGGCAGCCCAAGAGGUAAAAAAAGAAAAUUGUUUCAACGUGACGAAACAGAAUAUGAAUUUUCUAAUAUUAUCACUGCUUCAUCAACUAGUGAUAUUGAAAUUUGUGAAGUGUGUCCAGAUGGGCAGUUUGUAAAAUUAUACAACAAAGGUUCAAAGGAAUUUGCAUUGAGUGGAUAUGAAUUAGUACGCACUACUGCUGAGCAAAAUGUUUCUACUGUUUUCAAGUUUCAUCGUUCGGUAAAACUAGGAGCUGGGAAUUGGUUAACUGUAUGGUCUUCAACUGCCAGUAAUCAAAUACACGAACCUAGUGCUGGAUCAAUUGUCAUGAACAUUCAAGCUUGGGUUGUUGGUGAUCUUAUGGCUACAAUACUUUUAAAUCCUGAAGGACAAGAAGUAGCAACUCAUGAACUUAAAAAAGGACAAGUUUCCCAUUCACGAGCUAAUGAAGGAUAUGGUGAUUAUGAAACAGAAUUGUUCCAUCAACCAGGUGAUCCUCAAUCUACCGACAAAUGUGUUAUCAUGUGAAGAUAUUUACUCAAUAUUUUAGUAUAAGAACAAUCCAAAAAAUAAAAAUAUUAAAAAAAACACUUGUAGUUAAUCAGAGUUUAUCACGUGUUAAUAAUUGAUUUUUAAUUGUCAUUAAUUUUUUAUAAAUGCGCGAAUUUUUUUUUAUACUAAUAUUUAUUAUUAUUAUUUUACUUACUUUUAUUUUUAUGUUUUUUUUUUUUGUAUUUUGCUUUAUUCACUAUUAAAUGAUCCAUACAAAAUCUUAUAUAAGUAUUUUACUAAAUUACUGAUUAAAUUAGAAAAAAAAAUGAAUUUUUGAUCCCAUUUUAGGUUGUAUAAAGUAAAAAAAAAAAUAAUUUCGUGACUAUUUAUACAUACAUUAAAUUGUACUUAAUAAAUAUAAUAUUACUAUGAUAUUAAGUCAAAAGCUCAUUUAUGUUAAACUUUACAUAAUGUUGUAAAACGAUCAUGUACAAAGAUCUUAUUAUUUAUGAUUUGAAUAUUACCAUUAAUAAUAAUAAAUAACUGUUAUUUAAACAUUUACAAAAAUUAAUCCUAGUAGUUUAAUUAAAAAUAAUACUUUCCUUAUAUAGUUAGUAAAACUUUUUUUGCAAUUAAUAUAAUAUAGUUAGAUUGAGUUCUGUUUACUGAUUCAUGGACUCUUAUAAUUAUUUUAUA